CUGCCUCGCAGCCGUCGGGAUGGAGGUGAGAAGACGGCCGUGACCCGCACCUGCUCCUCCGCUGCACCCCAGCAGCCCACAGCGCUCCCUGCCCCCCUCGCCCGCAGCAGCUGCGGGGCCUUGCGGUCGAGUGACAGCGGCCUGGGGGGGCGGGGGGGGCGGGUGCGGCCUGACCAGCGAUGCCGGCGGGCAUGACGAAGCAUGGCUCUCGCUCGGCCAGCUCGCUGCCGCCCGAGCCCAUGGAGAUCGUGCGCAGCAAGGCGUGCUCGCGACGUGUGCGCCUCAACGUCGGAGGCCUGGCGCACGAAGUCCUCUGGCGCACCCUGGACCGCCUGCCCCGCACGCGGCUGGGCAAGCUGCGUGACUGCAACACGCACGACUCACUGCUCGAGGUGUGCGACGACUACAGCUUGGACGACAACGAGUACUUCUUCGACCGCCAUCCUGGCGCCUUCACCUCCAUCCUCAAUUUCUACCGCACGGGGCGGCUGCACAUGAUGGAGGAGAUGUGUGCGCUCAGCUUUAGCCAGGAACUGGACUAUUGGGGCAUCGACGAGAUAUACCUGGAGUCGUGCUGCCAGGCGCGCUACCACCAGAAGAAGGAGCAGAUGAACGAGGAGCUCAAGCGCGAGGCCGAGACACUCCGUGAGCGCGAGGGCGAGGAGUUCGAUAACACGUGCUGCGCGGAGAAGCGCAAGAAGCUGUGGGACCUGCUGGAAAAGCCCAACUCCUCCGUUGCCGCCAAGAUUCUGGCCAUAAUCUCCAUCAUGUUCAUUGUCCUCUCCACCAUUGCCCUGUCGCUCAACACCCUGCCUGAGCUGCAAAGCCUCGAUGAAUUUGGCCAGACCACAGACAAUCCCCAGCUGGCCCAUGUGGAGGCCGUGUGCAUUGCAUGGUUUACCAUGGAGUACCUGCUACGGUUCCUUUCCUCCCCCAAGAAGUGGAAGUUCUUCAAGGGCCCACUCAAUGCCAUCGACUUGCUGGCCAUCCUGCCGUACUACGUCACCAUCUUCCUCACCGAGUCCAACAAGAGCGUGCUACAGUUCCAGAAUGUGCGCCGCGUGGUCCAGAUCUUCCGCAUCAUGCGUAUCCUCCGCAUCCUGAAGCUAGCGCGGCAUUCCACGGGCCUCCAGUCCUUGGGCUUCACUCUGCGAAGGAGUUACAAUGAGCUGGGUCUGCUAAUCCUCUUCCUCGCCAUGGGCAUCAUGAUCUUCUCCAGCCUGGUCUUCUUUGCUGAGAAAGAUGAGGAUGACACCAAGUUCAAAAGCAUCCCGGCCUCAUUCUGGUGGGCCACCAUCACCAUGACAACCGUUGGGUACGGGGACAUCUACCCCAAGACUCUCCUGGGAAAAAUUGUUGGGGGGCUCUGCUGCAUCGCAGGGGUCCUGGUGAUUGCUCUCCCCAUCCCCAUCAUCGUCAACAACUUCUCUGAGUUCUACAAGGAGCAGAAGAGACAGGAGAAAGCCAUCAAGCGGCGAGAGGCUCUGGAGCGAGCCAAGAGGAAUGGCAGCAUCGUGUCCAUGAACAUGAAAGAUGCCUUCGCCCGGAGCAUCGAGAUGAUGGACAUUGUGGUGGAGAAGAAUGGGGAGAAUGUGGGUAAGAAGGAUAAAGUACAAGAUAACCAUUUGUCCCCCAACAAGUGGAAGUGGACAAAGAGGACCCUGUCUGAAACCAGCUCAAGUAAAUCCUUUGAAGCCAAGGAGCAGGGAUCCCCUGAGAAAGCCAGAUCGUCAUCUAGUCCCCAGCACCUGAAUGUCCAGCAGCUGGAAGACAUGUACAACAAGAUGGCCAAAACCCAGUCACAGCCCAUCCUCCACACCAAGGAGGCAGCCACCCAGAGCAAACCAAAGGAAGAGCUGGAAAUGGAGAGCAUCCCCAGCCCCGUGGCCCCUCUGCCCACACGCACCGAAGGGGUCAUCGACAUGCGCAGUAUGUCAAGCAUCGACAGCUUCAUCAGCUGUGCCACGGACUUCCCUGAAGCUACCAGGUUCUCCCACAGCCCUUUGGCUUCACUCCCUACCAAGACUGGGGGUGGCGUGGCCCCAGAGAUGGGCUGGCGGGGCGCUCUUGGUGCCAGUGGUGGGAGGCUUGUGGAAGCCAACCCCACCCCGGAGGCCGGCCACUGCUCUAGCUUCUUCAUUGAGAGCCCCAAGAGUUCCAUGAAGACCAACAACCCCUUGAAGCUCCGAGCACUCAAAGUCAACUUCAUGGCAGGUGAACCCAGUCCACUGCUCCCCGUUCUGGGGAUGUACCACGAGCCUCUUAGGAACCGGGGGGGCGCGGCGGCAGCUGUUGCUGGCUUGGAGUGUGCCACACUCUUGGACAAACCUAUGUUGAGCCCCGAGUCCUCCAUUUACACCACAGCAAGUGCUAGAACGCCUCCCCGGUCACCUGAGAAGCCCCCAGCGAUAGCGUUCAACUUUGAGGCUGGGGUCCACCAGUACAUCGACGCUGACACGGAUGAUGAGGGACAGCUGCUCUACAGUGUGGACUCCAGUCCUCCCAAGAGCCUCCACGGGAGCACCAGCCCUAAGUUCAGCAUUGGGACUAGAUCAGAGAAGAAUCACUUUGAAAGCACCCCGCUACCUGCAUCCCCGAAGUUUCUAAGGCAGAACUGCAUUUACUCCACAGAAGGGUUGACUGGAAAAGGCCCCAGUGGUCAGGAGAAGUGCAAACUCGAGAACCACAUCUCCCCCGAUGUCUGCGUGUUGCCAGGAGGAGGAGGAGCUCAUGGGAGCACUCGGGAUCAGAGCAUCUGAACUACCCUCACCCUCCAUGGAGAGGAGACUGUGUAUUGCUCAGCUUGCCUGCCAGAGGGCUUCUGUGGUUGAACUCUG